AUGGAGCUACUCGUUUCACUUGCAUGGACGUUAUGCCAAAUCAAGAAUCGGGACACUUUUCAACAUUCGAAGGGGGUAGGUAGCGAAGCCGAACACUUGCAGUGGAUGCGCUUUGCGGAGCAAGUGUUUUUACCCACAGCUGUCAACCGGAAGGCUGACAACGUGACUGGCAAGCCUGUUCUUCUACAAAUAGAGGAUGACUGGACCCCCGUGCACAUGAGGAAGACCCUCAAGGAAUACUUGAAAGGUUUAUGGAACUUUUCUCAUCAUCCAGUCAUGGAUCCUCCCGAUCUCCCAUGGAACGAGCUCAUCGAUCUCGUGUGUGACGUAGUGCCCGAGAUGUGGCAUGGAUCUCUUGGGGAUCCAGAGAAGAUGAAGGCCGUGGAAGUCAUGGCCCUUUACCUUUGGAUGCACGACUGUCAGGAUACUGCCGCAGCCUUCCACUUCGUGGUACACUCUGAAGACAUCGAAGGUCACAAGAACGUCAAUAUUCUAGGUGAAUUGUCCUAUGGCGGCCACGUCAUAAUUCUUGAGUCGGAAGAGGAUGACAACGAUGAUGAUAGUGUAGUUGUCCUCUCCCCAUCGCGCAGGAAACUUAACCUUACAAAGUUGAAGGGCGCUCGUGUGUCGAAGGAGAACAAAUGCCGAAGUGACUGCAAGCAUGGCGAGGGAGAGCACGAGGGCGAGCGUGAACAUGGUGUUGAUGGACAGCACCACAAUGACGAUGGAGGACAGCAUGACAGCAUCGGUGGUGGACAUGAUAACGACGAUGAUGGAGGACAGCGCGAUGAUGUCAAUGGAGGACAGAUGAGGAGGGGACGGAAGUGCAACCAACCUCCAUGUGAGCCCGAGUCUGCAUCGACCACUAAGGGUGCACACAAUGAUGACAAUGAUGGAGGACAUCACAACGGUGAUGACGGAGGACAGCGUAAAAACAACAAUGUCAGUGCCGGUCAGCUCAACAGCAAUACAGAUGCGGAAGGCGAGGAUGAUCCGGAUGUGUGCCCCAAGGACAGGCGGGAUGGCGAGAAGGUAGCGAAGGCAGUGAAGACGAUGACGGGAUGGAGGCGCAAACAACCUCCACGUGAGCCUGAGUCUGCACCGAAUGCGAAGGGUGGACGCUAUGACGAUGACGAUGGAGGACAGCACGAUGGUGUUGACAGUGGACACCACGACGACGACGACGGAGGACAGCGCGAUGAUGAUGAUGUCAGUCAGCUCAACAGCGAUACAGAUGCGGAAGGCGAGGAUGAUCCGGAUGUGCGCCUCAAGGACAGGCGGGAUGGCGAGAAGGUAGUGAAGGCAGCGAAGAUGAGGAGGGGAUGGAAGCGCAAACAACCUCCACGUGAGCCCGAGUCUGCAUAG